AUGAGGUCUUUUAUCACCAAUAAUGACGUUCCUAUCGGAUACGUAACGCCAUCGUUCCCUUCGCUUCACUGGCCCAUUAGCAACGGUAAGUUCUCCUUGGCAGUACUAUACGACGUGGUAGUCAUCUGGAAAUUUACUCUGUAUUGGAGCCUAAUAUUCAAUGGUGCAUUCUACGGAAUCGCUGGCCUGUGGGCCAGUUACUCGCACAGGCGUCGAGCAGGCGGACUCUGGAUCAUGGCAAUCUACUUAGUCUACGGUGGAAUACAAGCAGUGGCUGCGGGUACAGUCAUUGGGUUCUUGAUUGGCAGUAUUUACAGCGCAGGACUAUUCUCCAUGUCCACAUGGAUUCCUCCCUGCUGUGUGAUCGUCCAGAUUUUGUUCGACUUCUCAGUAAGCUACCUCAGCUCGGGGACAAUUAUGUGA